CAUUCGAGGGAAUAAUGUGAAGACAUGAGGUGGGUGUGUGCUGCUGUGAGCCACAACCACAGAGCAUGCAGAUAGAAGUGUUUGUGUGUCUGUGAGUUCGAGAGGGACAGGCAGGUUACGCUCCGUCAAGUGAAACAAACCUCUAGGAAGAAGCAUGUUAAGCAAUUAUUUUCCACAGCCAGAAAAAUAGCUGAAGAGGAACUUUUAACACAACGUCCUGUAAGUGGAGUGAGACCGGCGGAAGGCCCUGAAAUACAGUAUUAGCUGCUUCAAAGUGUCUGCAUUAGAUAGACGUUGAAAUAGGAAGAGAGAGGAGCACAGGGGAAGGAGGCAGUGGGGAGGAGAGCAGCAGCCGAAAGCAAGUCUUUCGUUCAGGGUUAAGCCUGUUAGUUACCUUACUGAAGGCUUCCUGCGUCAGCACCAUGGGAAAAUCAGCCUCCAAGCAGUUUUCCGAGGAGGUGCUGCGGUGCCAUAAUGAGCUCAGGAGGAAACACCAGGCUCCUCCAAUGAAGCUGAGCAGCAAGUUAAGCAGAGAAGCUACCCGUUAUGCUGAAAGUCUGGCCAGUACCCGGAUAUUGAAACACAGUGUGGAGUCGAGCAGAGGGAGCUGUGGAGAGAACCUGGCGUGGGCCUCCUAUGACCAAUCAGGAAAGGAUGUUGCAGACCGCUGGUAUGACGAGGUGAAGCAGUACAACUUCAACCGCCCUGGAUUCUCCUCCGCCACUGGCCAUUUCACAGCGAUGGUGUGGAAGAGCAGUAACAAGCUGGGGGUCGGUAAGGCCACUGCAUCAGACGGUUCUUCCUUUGUGGUGGCCCGAUACUUCCCCGCUGGAAACAUUACUAACCAGGGACACUUUGAGAACAACGUCCUCCCGGCUAAAACCCCCACCUAACGAAGUAUAGAUCCACAACACCUGACUGCAGAGUCUGGAGUUAUCUGCCUGCACUGCUAUAAAUACUCAGGAGAGCACCACUCUUGGCAUAGUAAAGAUGGUUUAAAGUCCAUGUUUUCUUUUAUUUUUAAAAGGAACCCGUGUGUGCUACAGUUUAGCAUAAAAGAAGCACUACUGUUUGACAUUUCUAACAAAACGUUUUCAGGGACCAUUCAAAUUGCCUGUGACAGUAUUUAAUUAAUCAAUGCAAAUACCUUUUUUUUUUAAAUAUUUUCACGCACUGAAAUACAUUAGAGCUUCACGUCUGUAUUUAUGGAAGAAUGGAAGCUAAGUCAGUCAAAGGGAUAGGCUUUACACCUUUAUAUGUAUUUGCAUAGUUGAAAGCUGAUGAAUCAACAUUCUUGGUAUUGGUUUGUGUUAUUGGCAAAACUUGUCAGAGCAGAUCCCUGUAGCCGGCCAGAUUUGAUCAAUAAAGUUGACAGAUUGUCAGAAAUGCAUUUGGCAUCUGUCUGAGCAUG